AUAUGUCAUUGUUUGAUAUUUUAUGGAUGAUGAGUGCCACAGUCAUGCAGACCCUAGUAAUAUUUACAAGGGAGCGGAACACUGUUUUUCAAGUUGUCAAAUUGUUGAAAAGAUCCGUCACUCAAAGAUACUAUUGAUUGGAGUUGGAGGUGUUGGCUGUGAAGUUUUGAAAAAUUUAGUUUUUUCAGGCUUUGUAAACAUCCACUUGGUAGAUUUGGACACUAUUUCAGUUUCCAACCUGAAUAGACAAUUUUUAUUUCGUUCGGAAGAUGUCGGCAAAUGGAAGGCUGUGGUUGCAAAAGAUAGAAUAACAAAACUUUGUCCUUGGUCUCAAAUCACAGUCUCCGUUGAAAAUAUUCGUUCUAAAGAGUUUCCGUUGGAGUUUUUUAAACAGUUUGCUGCAGUUAUUUGUGCCCUUGAUAAUCAUAAAGCAAGAUUGUACGUGAAUGAAGUGUGUGCAUUUGCCCAAGUUCCCUUGUUUGAAACAGGAAGUACGGGCUAUCAAGGUCAAGUCACACCCAUCUUGGCAGGAUCGACAGAAUGCUACAACUGUGAGCCAAAGCCACAACAAACUGAACACAUUGCUGUUUGUACUAUUAGGCAUAGACCAGAGUCAGUGGAACACUGCAUAGUUUGGGCUAUGUACUUGUUCGAUGUUUUGUUUGGUAACUUAGAAGACUCCAAUCCUCUGUCUGAUGAGAAGGAGUACAAAGUCAGUCAUUUGGCUCGAGAAUGGACUUUUGAAGAUGGAGCAAGGAAGACCUCAACGGAGCAAGAGUGGGAAAAUAUGACGUGUGAAAGAGUCGUGAACAAGUUUUUUAUAGAAGAUUUGCAGUUCGUUGAAUCCUUGAAGAAGGACACACUUUCCUCUUUAUCUAUACUGAACAUUCCCACUCAAGAACAGUUACGUCGAUAUUUAUUGAAUGUUGACACAAAAUAUUCCGUGGAAGACUUGAAAUUGGAGGAACAGAAUCCACAUCAGUUGGUUUGGACUUGUGAUAAGGCAUACGAAGUGUUGAUAUUUUGUUUGAAACAAUUAUUGCGCAGAUGGAAGGAAUCCAAAAGUGCUCUCACCUUUGACGAAAAUGAUACUAUUUCCUUGGCAUUUGUUACGGCAGCAUCAACUGUACGGGCAAGUGCCUUUGAUAUUGUGGCUAAGAAUAGUUUUGAUGUGAGAGGAAUUGCUGGUCGCAUCAUUCCUGCUCUUUCCAUCACAAAUGCGGUAAUAGGAGACAUUGUGGUCUUUCAACUUUUAAGGUUUCUUUCGGGUACUUGUAUGAAGGAUUUGUGCAAUGCGAGACUUUCUCAAGUAUCGCGUCCACGUCCUCGAUAUUUGGAUGAGGUCAUUAUUACUCCCGAAUUUAUUCGACCUCCUGUUGCAGAGUACGUAUGUCGUUUAUCAUUAGUUUGUUUAUCUGAAAGAUUGUUUGGGAAAAUACUUAGGUGUAUUAUAUGUCAUCAGUUAUUGUUAGUUACAUGUGACGCAAGAAACGUUACAGUGAGACAGUUUAUUGAAGAUGGCUUGAAGAAACAAAUGAAUAUGGAGCCUUUUUCUGUUGCUACAGAUGUAGGAUAUAUCAUAUACGAUUCAGAACAAGAUUGUGAAGUGCCUGUUGAAGCACAAAGGAUUGAUAAGUCUACAAUUGCUCAAUUACAAGUAGAGGAACAGCCAUUAUCUAUAUUGGAUGAAAGUGGUGUAUAUUACAGAGGCUGGAUUAGACACCAAUGUGAUGUUUCAUUGUCAAUAGAGCGCAUCUUUUCUUUUGGAGAUGAUUGAUGUGUUUGUCUAUAAACUGAAACUUUUCUGGUUAUCGUUUCAAAGAAUAGUUGGAGAAUCAAACUGUUUUCACAUUGUUUGAAAAUGAAACUUUGAAUAUCGUC